GUGGAGCUGAUGAAGAGUAUAUAAAUCUGUGUUUGUCUAAAUCUGAAUCUAUCCUGGAAACAGUACAUCUGUCUGAAAAUCAGAAUCACAGUUGUGCAGCUCCGCUAAGAAAAGGACGACAGAAGACAAUGGCUGAGAAUCUGCAUCACAGAUGUAACAAUGCAGCAGCACAACAGCAGAGCAAUAACAACAUUAAUAUUGUCCUUCUGGGGAAAACUGGAGUUGGGAAAAGUUCAUCAGGAAACACCAUCCUGGGAGGGAACAGAUUCCCGUGUGGAAGAAAACUGUCUGCUGUUACACGUGAAUCUACUGUUCAGAGAUCAGUGAUUGGUGGCAGAUCUGUGUCUAUUAUUGACACUCCUGGGUUUUUUUGUACUAAUCUUACACAAGAGCAGCUGUCGAGGGAGUUUGCGAGAAGUGUGUAUCUUUCUUCUCCAGGAGUUCAUGCGUUUUUAUUUGUCGUGCCGUUUGGCAGAUUCACAGAGCAGGAGGAAGAGAUAUUGGAAAAAGUGAAGAAGGUUUUUGGUAAAGAUGUGCUAAAGCAUGUUAUUCUCCUCUUCACAUACGGAGAUGAAUGUAUCAGAGAGAGUAUGGACGAAGAGAUUGAUGGGAAUGAUGUUGUCAGAAGAGUUGUUCAGAGUUGUCAGGGUUAUCACGUCCUCAAUAACAGAGAUCUGACUGACAGACAGCAGGUCAGUGAUCUUCUGAUGAAGAUUGACUCAAUAGAGAGGAAUCAGGGCUACUACACUAAUGAGAUGUAUGAAUGGGCACAAAAGUGGCCAUGGGAAAAAUUCUGGGAAAUACUUAAGUCAUUUUUCAAAGCUAUAAUUGACUUUUUCCAGAACGUGGCUAAAAGUUUUGAUUAUACAAAGGUCAAGGGUAAAUACAUUGAAUUCGGUUUAACGAAACAUGAUUAAAUAUAACCUAAAUGACAUUCUACUCUGCUUAUGGGGGAAGUUAUGUAUCAAAAUGAGAAAUUAAUUCAUGCAACAGAAUAUUUUAGCUAUACUGUACGUUCACAUGUUUGAAAACGGUUACAUUUAUCAAACAGAUCAUAUUUGUAUACAAGAUACUACUUUGACAUUUGUUUCAUUCAUUUAAAAGAGUCUUGUGUAAAUAAAUCCUUACUAAUCUACAAUAUGAAUACAAAAGUCUUACAGCAGACAUUUCUUGCUUUAAUGCACAUUUAGCCAGCACCUAUUAACAGUAUCCUGAGCUAUAUUACUUUGCUUCUGUGCUCUUAUGCUUAGUAGUUUUUAAUGAUUAUGGGCAUUUUGUUCAGUGUAAUUUUCAUACAUGUACUGAUAUGUUUAUGAAAUUAAUUACACCUAGUCCUAAGUCUGACAGAGAAUGGCAAAUGUAUAACAUCUACUUAAUAAUAAACUCUGACAAGUC